AACGCAUUCGCAAGAACUAAUAUGCACAGGAGCGUGUUUUUUUGGACUGCUACAUUGAGCAUAAGACACAAAGCCACAAGAAAUAUACGUAAACAUCAGAAUCCAAGCCACAAUCCCAAAUAUUCAGACACUACACAAUAUUACAACAGAUUUUCUGAAGGUGAAGUACUGUGCCCCUUGAACCUUCCCUUAGUCACUACGCAUCUCAGACCACACCUUCUCAUCGUCAUGACUUUCAAAGACGGCAGAGUUUGGUUUGUCACUGGAGCCGCGUCAGGUUUUGGCAGGGCACUGACAGAACAUGUACUCUCCAAAGGCGAAUCUGUCGUUGCGACGGAUAUUAAGCCCCAGGGUCUCGACAUCCUGAAGGAGAAAUACGUGAAGGAACUUCUUGUGCGCAAACUAGACGUCAGCAAGGAGAAGGAAAUCAAGGAUGCCUUUGCAGAAGCGAUUGUCAAGUUUGGCAGGGUAGACAUCGUCUUCAAUAAUGCAGGGUACACUCUGGUGGGCGAGAUUGAGAGUAUCCCGUUUGACGACGCGCGAAAGUUCUUUGACGUGCUCUUCUGGGGAGCGGCCCAAGUCAGUCUCGAGGCAGUCAAAACGUUCCGUGAAGCCAACGGAGGAAGGCUGAUUACCACGAGUUCGAUGAUGGGUGUGGUAAGCAGUCCGAUUGCUGGAUAUUAUUCUGCAGCGAAACACGCCCUUGAAGGAUUCUCUGUGGCGUUAGCAUCAGAGCUGGAUCCGGCAUGGGAUAUAAAGAUUACGCUGGUAGAACCGGCGAUGUUUCGUACGGGGGGUAUCGCCGCAGCCGUGGUGUACCCAACCCAUCCCGCAUAUGACAACCCUGCUCUUCCUUCAUCUGCUAUUCGUGCAGUAGCGGCAAAUCCGGCCUUCUUUCCCAACGACCCUGCCAAAGCUGCUGGGGUAUUGUACAGGCUUUCCACUUUGCCUGAGCCGCCAUUGAGGCUCGCGCUGGGUAAAGAAGCUGUCGCGGGUAUCAAAGAUGAAAUAGAGAAGAUAUCCACAACUUUGCGGCAGUAUGAAUCGUGGUCGGAAAAUCUAACCAUAGACGUAUGAUACGAAAUUUGAAUGAAUAGUCUUUAAUGUUCUCUAUAAUCCGGUGCUCAGACGCUUCAGCUGCAGAGAGAUAGAAAUACUAGUUUCACCAUGGAGGCGUAUGUGAACCCUGCGUAAUCAUGACC